UGCCAAGUGUAUCAGAGAUGCCAAGUGUAUCAGAGAUGCCAAGUGUAUCAGAGAUGCCAAGUGUAUCAGAGAUGCCAAGUGUAUCAGAGAUGCCAAGUGUAUCAGAGAUGCCAAGUGUAUCAGAGAUGCCAAGUGUAUCAGAGAUGCCAAGUGUAUCAGAGAUGCCAAGUGUAUCAGAGAUGCCAAGUGUAUCAGAGAUGCCAAGUGUAUCAGAGAUGCCAAGUGUAUCAGAGAUGCCAAGUGUAUCAGAGAUGCCAAGUGUAUCAGAGAUGCCAAGUGUAUCAGAGAUGCCAAGUGUAUCAGAGAUGCCAAGUGUAUCAGAGAUGCCAAGUGUAUCAGAGAUGCCAAGUGUAUCAGAGAUGCCAAGUGUAUCAGAGAUGCCAAGUGUAUCAGAGAUGCCAAGUGUAUCAGAGAUGCCAAGUGUAUCAGAGAUGCCAAGUGUAUCAGAGAUGCCAAGUGUAUCAGAGAUGCCAAGUGUAUCAGAGAUGCCAAGUGUAUCAGAGAUGCCAAGUGUAUCAGAGAUGCCAAGUGUAUCAGAGAUGCCAAGUGUAUCAGAGAUGCCAAGUGUAUCAGAGAUGCCAAGUGUAUCAGAGAUGCCAAGUGUAUCAGAGAUGCCAAGUGUAUCAGAGAUGCCAAGUGUAUCAGAGAUGCCAAGUGUAUCAGAGAUGCCAAGUGUAUCAGAGAUGCCAAGUGUAUCAGAAAUGCCAAGUGUAUCAGAAAUGCCAAGUGUAUCAGAAGUGCCAAGUGUAUCAGAAGUGCCAAGUGUAUCAGAAAUGCCAAGUGUAUCAGAAGUGCCAAGUGUAUCAGAAAUGCCAAGUGUAUCAGAAAUGCCAAGUGUAUCAGAAAUGCCAAGCGUAUGGGAAAUGCCACGCAUAUGGGAAAUGCCACAUGUAUGGGAAAUGCCACGCAUAUGGGAAAUGCCACGCAUAUGGGAAAUGCCACGCAUAUGGGAAAUGCCACGCAUAUGGGAAAUGCCACGCAUAUGGGAAAUGCCACGCAUAUGGGAAAUGCCACAUGUAUGGGAAAUGCCAAGCAUUAGUUCACUUCAGUAUCCCAAAUACCCGCUUCAGUUGCAUCUGCUGCAGCCGCUUGUUCUGUGUCCUUGUUUAGGCAGUGCCCAGCUGAGUCCUGUAGACAUGCAGGCUACUACGCACCAUGCUAGAGAUUUCCAAUGCCAAAAUGUUGCUCUGCAUAGUUGCUUUGGUCAGAGUGAUCAUCAAUAUAAUCAAAGUUGCUCCAGCUUGCAUAUGUUGCCAGAAGCACAUGGAGGAAUAGAAGGACCAUUGCACAGUGAGAGAAUGCUUUAUGAUUCUGCCCAUAAGGUUGACUAUGGUCAUUUGGAGCAAAAUUCUACCUUACCUGUUGCUCCUUACUAUCAGUCAUUUACAAACUCGAUGAAUUCUGAUGUUCAAUGUGAUGGCGAGAUAUGUGUACACCCAGUGAAAUCAGGCCUGUAUGGUAUUGAAAUAUUUCAACAGAAAUUUGAUACUUUCUUGAGAAAUCCUGGUCAUGAAAAUAUUUCAGAAGUGGAGGAAUUGAAGCAAGAGAAUGAGCGCUCUGGUAAUGUGACAGUCACUGAGAUUCACCAUGAAGUAGAAAAUAAUAAAUCAGGUUCAACAAAGAAAGAAACCUUUGAAGUCAACAAAGAAAGAAACCGUGAAGUCAUGGACGGUUCCCAGUUAGGUUUAAGUGCUGGUGUUGGAAAGCAGGAUCUGAAGCUGACAGAAAAUAAUGUGGACAAUAACUGCCAGUUUCAGGAUGAUGACAUCUUGGAUGUGAAAGAAAAAACUAUUGAAAGCUUCAAAAGCACCAACAGGUACACAACCAUUGAUUGUACUAUAAAGAAUGAAGUUGAACCUUGUGAUGGAAUGCAGGAUAAUUUGCUAUUGGAGGAAGAACCAAGGUGCAGCACCCCGGUACAGCAACUGACAGAUGCAGACCCAUUUCGUCCAUUAAUUGAAGAUGACGAGUCUGCUACCAAUGGCAAAGAGAAGACACAAAUCUUACAUCAUACUUCUGGUAACAACACCAUGGUUGAUCAUCCUAUAUUAUCUAGGAAUAAGUCACAGGAUAUUCUAAAGUGGUUAGAUACCAAUCACACUGAAGAGGUGAGCUUGGAUUUGUCUAGUCCAAGAUUCAACAGAACGCUGCAUGUAGAUACAUCAAUGAAGAGUUUCCAUGAGGAGCUUUGUCAGCUGCUCUCACCCAUUGAUGCUCCUGAAGAACAACCUUGCACAAGAACAUUUGGACCAGAACAUAUUACCCUAGCAUCUGUUGAAGAAACUCCUGCUGACACAUGUGAGGGAGAACUUCCCUGCAUAAAAUUGCCUGAACUGAAGCUGCCCACGCAUGAGGGAGCUCCCAUCCCGGUGCUGCUGCUGAGCUUCACAGACCCAUCAGAUUUUUAUGUUAUCGUUGCUACUCUUGAAUACGGUGAUGAAAUGGCCAGGUGCCUCGAUGAGGUUGACUCCCACUACCGGGAAGUCACGUACAAGGCCCUGCAAGCUGGAGAUUUGCGCCCAUGUUCGCACUGGGCGGUGUAUGACCAGGACCUGGAGUGCUGGAGUCGCGCACGCUUUAUGUCCAACUCUCUGACCAACAGCCAGGAUGAGAACAACGGAGAAGAUAAACUGAAGUUCCUCUUGGUGGACCACGGCCGCUGUGUGGAGGUGCCGCUGUCGCUGGUGCGCGUCUUGCACCAGGACUUGGCACGCUGGCCGCCCUUUGCCAUACACUGCGCCCUCGCUGCCGUAUAUCCUGCCCCGAGUGACGAGUUCAGCGGCUGGUCCGAGGCGAGCUGUCGUGCCAUGCAGGAGCUGUGCGCGCGACCUGACGCUCACACCGCAUACCUCGUGCCGCGCAACACUGCAGCUUGUGGCAGUGAUGGCCGGCACGACGUGCUGCUGGAGACGUGCGACGACGUGAUCGUCAACGAGGAGCUCGUCGCCAGAGGCCUCGCGCAGUCUCGUCGCCUACAGAACCUGCCCCAGGAUCUCGCUCAGCUCGUUUCGCUCGCGUGUAGCACCACUCAGAACGUCGGCACGGCAAAUUCACACGAGCUAAAGGCUGCUGAGCUGCAGCACACCUGGGACCCGAUGCAGGCCGCCUUCAGCAGCGCCACGAACCACCCGCGCUACCGAGAGGACGGCCUCGAGGUCGCCGCCAUGGGCGUCGUCAACGACGAUGACGAGCGCCUCUGUCGCUUCUACCGCUCGGGGCGCGCCUGCCCCAGGGGGGACUCCUGCGCCUGGGAACACUCCAUCCCGAGACCAGAUGGGUUGUCCUGCAAACGAGUCCCCGUGUUCGUCAACCUGCUCCGCGAUCCUCAACUUCCGGACGAAGGAGCACACUUGAUUGUGCGCGUGUCGGCCGUGGUAUCGCCUUCCAUGUUCUAUGUAAACCUGCCGUUCGGUCUUCGCCUUCAUCCCAGUGAUCCUGAAGAGGAAGAUGACAAGACUCUCAGUGAUCUGUGUGCCGAGAUGGAAGAAGCUUACGCUGGCUCUUACCCUGCCGUGUCUGCGGAGCUGCCCGCGCUGGGACAGAUCAUGGCUGCACAGUCUACCAUGUCACCGCUCCACUUGGUACCACAGCAAGGUCGUGGACCGCUGUUCUGGUAUCGUGUGAGGGUCGUGGCUGUGAGCGACGCUCCCGACGCCUCCGAGUGCCCGGUGGAGGAGGCGCCCUCGAGUUUAGAGGGCAGCUACGUGCAGGUCUUCUUCCUGGACGUGGGCUGCUGCUGCUGGCUGCAUGAAGUCCGCCUCAGGGAUCUGCACCCCGUCUUCGUGCAUCAACCUGCAUUGGCGAUUGAAUGUUACCUGCACGACGUGCGGCCGGCGGGCGCUGAAGGUUGGACGCGCGACGCCGCUGAGCUGCUCACGAGCGUCGCACGGCGCCCUGAGUCGCUGGUCGUCGCCACCGUCGUCGACGUCGACACGGUGAUGGGUCGCGUGGGCGUCUCGCUGCUGUCGCAGUCUGUGCCCGGCGACGACAUGUACAGCGUCUGCGUCUCGAGUCUCCUCGUGGACCGCGGACUUGCCGAGCUCUGCUCUCAAUCAUCGUCUGAAUGAUGAUAAAAUAAGUCAUUCAUGUAACAAUACUGGACCUUCCCAUGUCCUAUAUAAUGGAAAUUAAACCAUACCAAUGCAAAGGAAAUUCCAUGUUAAUCAUGAAAUAUUUGACAUUUAUCCUGAGCUGCGUGUUCGGUUUGAAAACGGGAACCAAAAUCCUUGCGUCUUAAGUAGGAGAAUAGUUUGGGGCUACUGAAGGCAUUUUAUAGUUUUGAAUGGAAUGUGGUAUAAGACAUUAGUCAAAUUUAUGGCUAACAACGUGAAAAUAGUAUUAAGAAUUGGCAUUCUCAUCUGUUCCUGAAAUUUACUGAGCACGUUUUGAUUCUUAAAAUAAAGUUUGCGACUGCAUCAAACGCCAGCUGCCAGUAAUAACUCCUAUUCAUUUCAUGAGUAUAAACGUUGAUAUUCUUAUUUGAGUUGGCAAACGUUCUCUGAACCAUUUUGUGCUCAGUAUUUAAUCUUUGAAUUGUACGUUUUACAUUGAAGGAUGUUUAUGUUGCUGCGUCUCACCACCGCAUGUUCUCUCACAUGUUUAAUUUGUUAUAAUGCGUCACGCGUUCAGAAAUUACUUUUUACAAGGUUGGAAAUUAUUGAUAGCUCUUCCUGAUGCUCUUGAUGCCAUAUGCAUGUCAUCCAACUUUGAGUUCCAAUGAGGUUAAAUUUAGAGUGAAAGGCAGUUAUCAUUUAGUGAAAUGUAUAAAGAAAUGUCCACGAUCAAAAGAGUCUCGUAAAAAGUUGGGACAGAUGCAGUACUCGAUGCUACAGAUGAACAACUCUGCCUCAUGUAGACAAAUAUCCUCUAAAAGCUUCCUAUUUUCGUUGGUAUGGUUGGUUAAAUGGCAUCGUGGGAGAUCUUUUUUUUAACGCGCGUUUUAUAUUUUAGGUAAUUCCAUAUUGCCGGUAAUGUCGUUAUAUUUUUUUUGUAUGGAAUUUUACAUU